AUGGUCUCCCUCCUCUCCAAGCUGGGCGAGCUCGUCAAGGAGGAGUACGAGCUGCAGAACGGGGUGAAGGAUGAUGUCGAGUUCCUGAGGAGUGAGCUGACGAGCAUCCACGCUGCCCUCCGUGUGGUGGCGGAGGUGCCGUGGGACCAGCUCGAGGAGCAGGUCAGGAUCUGGGCAGAGGAUGUCCGGGAUCUCUCCUACGCUAUGGAGAAUGCUCUCGACACUUUCCUGGUGCGUGUUGAGGACCCUCCCAAACCAGAGAAGGUCAACUGGCUAAAGAAGAAGAUUGGCGACAUGUCCAACUUGCUCGACAAAGGCAAGCUACGCCAUGAAAUUGGCAAGAAGAUCAGAGACAUCAAGGAAAAAGUCAAGGAAGUGGCUGAUCGGCUGCAUCUGCUCGGCGAAAUGCCAUUGUCACCAACUCACUCGCCGUCUCGGAUGCCAGAGCGCGCGCGCGCGGCGUGGGAUAAAAGCAACGGAACAAGGGAUGGUCCAACCAGAGCUGCCAUCUCGCCUAAAUAA